UGUGAUGAUUUGAGGACUGACACCACGUGAUCACAUGCACUUGAGACAGUGACCACAAUGUCGAGCAGACAUGACGGAAGAAGGCGCGAGCGUAGCUGGGAAAGAGAUGACAGGGAUCGUGAACGGGGAAAAGAUCGGCAUUCACGAGGCAACAGAGCAGGAGGUCAAAGGGAUGGCGGUCGUAAACGAGACAGUAGGUCCCGUAGUCCAAGGAGGGACAGGAGAGAUCAUGCCAGAGAUUACAGAGAUCGAGACUAUAAGAGCUCGCGAAGAGAAGACUACGACAGAGACAGCCGCCGAGACGAUAGACGGCCUGAAAGACGUGACGAAAUGCGCGAGCCUCCGACUCGGGACAAGGAACUAAGACACAAAGACGCCCAAAAUCAACGUGAAAAUCGACAACAAGUUGGCAGGCAUGAUGCUGAGAGAGUUUCAGAAAAGCCUUUGCAAGCUAAAACUCCACCCCCAGCCCCGUCUACUGAUACAGGUCCCUCUUCUUCAAGGAGACCGAACCUUGAUCCAGAUGCCCUAUCUGAAGAAGGGGAGGCCAUGGAUACUACCAACGCCGAUGAAGAGGCUAUGAUGGCUGCAAUGGGGCUUACAGGGUUUGGUACCACGAAGGGCAAGCAUGUCGAAGGAAAUCAAGAAGGCUCCGUCAAUAUCAAGAAGAUCAGGACGUGGCGUCAGUAUAUGAAUCGCCGCGGAGGAUUCAACCGGCCAUUAGAUAAAGUUAAGUAGCUCAGCUCCAGCCCUGCCGCAAGAUAAGUUGCAUUUCCUCUCUUGUGAGAGACAGCUUUACGUAUGUUCUCAGA